GUGGCUUAUCCUUGUCCUAUGCGGAUUUUCACCACUGACUGCCUGCCCGAGCGGCUCGCAUCAUCCAGAAUAUAGGCCGGGAUUUAGACACUGACGUUCCCAUUCAGGGGUUCCUAAAAACACCCGCCAGUCGUCCCGCUCUCGCGUUUGCCGGAUAUAGGUGCGGAGGGGGGUAUAAUUGUGGUCGCCCUUCUUAGCCGAUCCCAGCGGAUGGGAUAUUAUCGGGACGUGGAGAGGAUGCUCAGUGGAACAGGCGGAAGAUGAGCAAUGGACAAGGAGCAUCCGGUAACCCCUGAAAGAGAAGAGGAGCCUUCAUUGCCACUGCGUUCCCCCUGUCACCCGCCCUCUUCACCUGUUGAGCGUUUGUUUUUCACUUUCUCCAUCCUUCAUCACCUGUCACCAUGACAACCUCAGCCCUGCGCCGGCAGGUGAAGAAUAUUGUGCACAACUAUUCAGAAGCAGAGAUCAAGGUUCGCGAGGCCACCUCGAACGAUCCAUGGGGCCCGUCCUCGUCUCUCAUGUCAGAGAUCGCUGACUUGACCUUCAAUGUGGUGGCAUUUGCUGAGGUCAUGGGCAUGGUGUGGAAACGUCUCAACGACAGCGGCAAGAACUGGAGACAUGUCUACAAGGCGCUGACUCUGUUGGAUUACCUGCUGAAAACAGGAUCAGAGAGAGUGGCCCAACAGUGCCGUGAGAACGCAUUCACUAUUCAGACGCUACGUGAUUUCCAGUACGUGGACCGUGAUGGCAGAGACCAGGGGGCCAAUGUAAGAGAAAAAGCACGCCAACUAGUAUGUCUGCUCCGGGAUGAGGAGCGGCUCCGUCAGGAGAGAAGUCAAGCCCUAAAGACCAAGGAACGAAUGGCUGGGGGAGGCAGCGGAGGAGGCGGAGGGGGUGGGGGUGUGUACGGAGGUAUCCCCCCGUCCUACCACCCAGGCAGGCGAACAAGCCAGCCCAGCAUGGCUGUGCUCUAUGGGGAAGAGUUCAGCCGCUCCAGAGGCUCUCCCUCCUCCUUUAACUCCUCGUCCUCGUCUCCUCGCGCCGCCUCAGACCUGGAGCAGGCCCGACCUCAGACCAGCGGGGAGGAGGAGCUGCAGCUCCAGCUGGCCUUAGCCAUGAGCAGGGAGGAGAGUCAGAAGGAGCAAUGCUGUCGCCAAGGAGACGAGUCUCUUUUACAGAAGGCCCUGGAUGAGAGCAGGAGAGAGAGCCAGUCAGGGACACAUGAGGAGUCAGCCAUGCUGGACUUGGUGGACAUAUUUGGCCCUUCAUCUGAGGCCCCACCUCCACGUACUGACCCUUGGGACUCUACCCAGCCCACCUGUAAUGUCACCUCUGACCCCUGGGACUCUGUAGCAGUCCACUCCAGCACUCCUGUGAUUGGCAGCCCAUGGACUGCCCCUCCCUCAUCCUCCAACGCAUCCAAUCCUUGGGCUUCGUGUGCCAACUCGCAUGCAGACCCCUGGGAAGCAGCGCCUGUCUCCUCCAGUCCUGUCAAUCAUGAGUGGGACAGCCCGACAGACGGAGGUGGUGAUGGGACAGAUCCCUUUGCUGAGCAGGAAGAAGAGAAGCCUAAACAAGAGGUCCCUCAAGUGUCCUCCCCUCAAACUGCAAGUCCCACAGACGCAGAGCUGUUUGGGGUAAAGGCAGACUCUGACCUAUUUGCUGAAGCAGAUUCCAAGCCAGAUCCAUUUGGGACAGAACCUUCGGUGAAACCCCAGGUCAACGGACGAGAGUCGGCCAGCCCAGAGAUGUUUGACCUGUCUCGGCUAGCACCCCCACUCAGCGUCGUCACACGUGUGUGUCGAACCCCAGAGGCCUUUCUGGGACCUACGGGGGCCUCGCUGGUCAAUUUAGAUGCUCUGAUACCCUCCAACCCCCCUAGCAAGAUGCCGAACAACCCCUUCCUCUUAGGUCUGAGUGCUCCGUCUCCCACUAACCCCUUCCACUGCGACCAGCCUCGCCUCACCCUCAACCAAAUGCGGCCAUCCUCUACAUCCCCACUGCCCCCCCACAUGCUCUCCUACAGCCCGUCACUGCCCCUGCCCCUGCACCAUCAGCCACCCACCCUCCCCUCCUCUCUCACGCAACCUCCUGCCGGACUCCUGGACCUUCCCUCUAACCUCCCACAGCCCCUGCUUCCCCUUUCUCCACGACCGGCGCCCCGCACUCAGUCGCAGACACAGACACACAGCCACAACCCCUUCCUCUGAGACUUCUGCGUCUUUCAAGCUCUGGCCUGCAGAGGGAGAUGAGGGAAUGGACUCUUUUUGGAUGAGUCUGUGCUGACUACAAUGAGAUUAGUUUAAAUGAGCCUGAACCGCACUGCGGAUUCCUGGUCUGAUGUCAAGGUGCACACUUAAAGUCCACUUGAAGCGGAUCAGUCUUGGACUGGAUGUAUUUGUGUCCGUCUAAAGACACAUCAGCUGCUAAAUAACCUGAACUCUUGAAGAAAAGCGAACUCACGCACUCACACAAACACCCACGCACACCCACAUGCACUCAGGCGCACUUGUAGGUGCACAAACACAAUCAUGCACACACCACCAAACAAACAGGGUGUAUCUUAACAGUCCCCUUGAUGCCUUUUUUCCCCAUCAACUCCGAGCACCCUUUGACCACAGAGACAGAACUGUUCCUUUUAAAAGCCACAUGCUUUGAUUGUCCACAGAGUUUCACAAGGACCCUUACCGCUGCUGCUUCACCGACGAAAGCAUGAAUGCAUCCCACCCCUAGACUCCAAACUAUUCUAUCCUGCUGAGCACCUGAGAAGAGAUCUUCAUGAUGAUAUCUAUUUUACAUUGCCUUGUUACUUUGCAAGAUCAAUAGCAUCUGGUCCUAAGUUAGUUACGUUAUUUGUCCUUUAAGGCAAGCAGCCCCUGAAGGAUCCAGGUGGACUAAAAACUGGACUAAAUCAGCCAAAAUCUAGACCUUACUGUCUCAAUCUGGACCUAAACUGAUCACUGAUUGUACCCUAUCGGACCCGUGUGCCUGUCUCUACAGCUGAUCCACAAUGCAUUCCCAGCUGGUUGAUAUUGGCGCCAUUGAAGAGGACCUCAGGGAGACCACUCUGUCCCUCCUCCAAUUAGAUUCAACCUUAAUGAACGGAAAGGCAUUUGUCUACAGAUGAAAAAAAAAAAACACAGGGAGAUCAAUGACUAUAUUUCAUAAAAAUGAGGGAUGAA